CUUGGAGGAAAGCUUUUGGUUGCGUGGGUGCUUACUGGCCCAAUUUAACCUUCCCUUCCGCGAACGCGAGACACAAUCCAGACCUCAAUUGCAUGACGAAACAUCCGCGGAGCAGUUGCGACGCAUUUUGUGCAAAAGAAAAAUCCAUAAAUUGAUUGAGAAACGUUAAGGAAAAUCCAGGAAAAUGCUGCUCUCCACUGGAAAAUUGCAAUGCUGUUGCCGUCGCUUCUGGGACUUCCUGAUGGCACCACUAACACCAAAGAAUCUAAGGACAACGGCCAUGCUCACCAGCAUAUUUCAAUUGCUGGUUGCCCAUUGUAUUUUGUUCUUCAUGCUACUCUGCCUGGCCCAUGCGGAGCAGAUCCAUCGGUUGCUUGAAUUGGACAUACUGGAUCAGAAGGAUAGUGGCUUCUACACUAUGGCACCCUUUCACAACGAUCUGAGACUCCGGUCGGCGGCCCAGCUGUCCGAUGCCAUGGAGAAUUUCCUGUACGUGAUGGUUGGUGUCUCUUCAGCCUAUGCUCUGUGCGCCAUCUCCCUGUUCUUUGGAGUCUACAAGAGCCGACCGGGCUUGAUCAUACCUUGGCUGGUCGCAGAGUUCCUGUGCAUCGUGGGCAUCGGUGUGCUAAUCUUCAUGCUGAGGGAUACGAAGCUUACAAUGAUCUUUUGCGGAAAUGUGCCCUACUUUAUCAUCUGCUAUACUUUGCUCAGCAUGGACUGCAUCAAGUGGUAUUCGAUGCACAGCUUCUAUCAGAGUUUGCGCACCAUGAACAAGCUGAGGGAGAUUGCCACAGUGGCCAUUCCCUGUCCAGCUCCAGGAGCCAUUCCCUAUCACUUCCGUCGCGAGCACAUGUAUUUGGGCAGCAAUGGCUAUAAGCAUAUACUCACCGAAUCACCAGAUGGACAGUGCUAGAUCCAAGUAUCAAUCGAAACUCCUGGCUAAUGGAUCCAACUAAACGAGCGUUAAACAAGUUCUCAAACUUCCCUAUCAGGUGUCUGGGAAGUUGUAUUACAAAUUCUGGUUUUUCUUUUUGUUUUUUUCUUUCAAAAUGUGUGUGAUAUGGAAACAGCAGAGUACUAUUUUAGAUAGCCAAUGGAUCGAGAGGCCUAUUAAUACAUACAUAUACCAUAGCCCCUUGACGGUGCAUAAGGGGUGUGUGGAUCCCACGAUCAACUAUCGAUCAGCCAUAUCUUUUGUUGGCAACUUCAUAAACUAUUUUUAUGCAGUAGUGCUUGGCGAAUUAGACGCCCAUAAAUCUAAUCCGUGUAGUUUGUGAAUCGUCGUUACUUAAACUUCAGCACUUAAUUAAAGUUCUAAAAUAGAGGAAA